CCCCACCUCCCCCGCUCCCGUUAUCGUACCAUGCCUCGAAGAAAAAACGACUAUCUCUCGGACGGCUCUGACUCGGACGCCUCAAAUUCGGCUCGCUCCCAAGACGGUUACAACUCUCAAGAGGACCCGGAUGCUCGAGAUGAACGGCGCCUUUUCGAAUUCAAAGGCAACAAACGUCGCAAGACUGAUGGACGCAGCGGGAAAGAUGCCGCUUGGGAAGGUAUAUUUGGGGAAGAAGAUGGCGUAGGAGGGGUGCCGAGACGUGGAGGUAUCGGCGGUAGAGGACGUCCUGGACCUUCUUCAUUGAGGGCUGAUUGGACAAAAGCCCCCGCGUUUGUAUCCAAUGGGUCCAAGACUUUGCAAGAGGAGGAGGAAGAAGGCCAGGUGCGACAGGCCAAUACUGAAGAGCCGGAAAGAGAUGAAGAUGAGAACGGUUCGGAAAGCAGCACUAGCUCUGACUCUGACUCUGGUUCUGAAAACGAUGAUAACGGCAGCUCUCCCGCCCCUUCUCCCCGUAUCAGGGAUGCAGAUGAUUAUAACGGAGAAAAACAGACUACAGGGGGAUUGGGCUUGGGUUUCAGGAAUGCCUCUGCCCAGGGUGCCACUGACGAACCCACAGGAGAAGCCGGAAAAAGAGAAGAAGGCGACGCAACAGAGCUUGCUUCUCGGAGCAAGGCCGGCAUUGGUGCUGGAUUAUCGGCGGGAAAGAAAACGCUGCCCGAUGAGACUAUAUACAGUGUCGGAAAUGAGCCUCACGCAAGGUCUUCUACCAACGACACCAUUGAUCAUGGUCCAAAACCUACAGGAAUUCCUAGUAGUUUUGGAAGACCUCCGCCUUCUCUUACUGCGCACUCCGGUCAUCAUACUCAGCGUCGCUUCCUUCCAAGGGCUCAGUCGCCAGCGGCGUCCACAACUAAAGCCCAACUGACUGCGUCGGAAAAGGCCCAUUUCAGUAAAAUCCAAUCAUCGUUUGGGGCCCGUCUGUUAGCAAAGCAGGGAUGGGAGGUCGGUAAAGGUUUGGGUGUACAAGAAAAUGGUCGUGCUGUACCAAUUGAAGUCGGGAAAGUUCUGAGGGGUCAAGGUAUACAAAGAGGAAUUAGGACUGAGGACAGUAAGCGAGAAGCAAGACGGCAGGGUGUGACCUUUUCGGAUGAUGAGGAUGAUGAAGCACCGAGGAGAAGGAGGCAUCGAGAGAAGGGACCGAAGGUGCAUAAAGAAAAGAAUGAAGAAGAUCAGGGUUGGAAAAGGCAGAAAAAGGUCAAGGUCAAAGUUCAACAUAAGACCUAUGAACAGUUAUUGGCCGAGGCGGGUGAUGCUGUUCCUGCAGCUGGCAUAGGCCUUGUGUUGGACGCUCGAGGAGGAGAGCUUAAAGAGGUCCAGUCGCUGUCGUCCCUUUCGCUUUCCACUUGGACCCCAAGUUCGGACUCGACAAGAUUACCUGAACUUCGUCAUAAUCUCCACCUUAUCGUCGAUGCUGCUAAGCAAGAUGUCUCGGGUUUGGUAAGGGAAGGGAAAAAGGUAAAUGAGCGACGGCGUUGGGCCCUGCGUGAGGAAGAGAUUUCCAGGGCCAAGGCUGAAGAAGCCAGCACCAAGAUCUCUCGUCUGAAAGAAAUACAGGAGAUUGUCGAUACGAUCAGUCAUGUAGCCACGGAACAGACAGUCUCAUCAACAAGUUCUCUUGCGCCUUUAUCCAAUAGCUUUGAACUGCUAAUUCACAAGUUUCAAGAAGAAUAUCAAUCUCUGAAAUUAGAUGAUGUUAUCGUGGGUGCAAUUGGACAAAUUCUACGGAAUGCUUUCACAGAAUGGCGACCUUUCGAUGUAUCAUCCAACGUUUUACUCUCAUCUCUCAAGACUUGGAAGAAAGCGUAUAAUUUACCCGAAAUCAUUGACAAUGAUACUGCUGUUGCAACUCUGAGCCUCAGGGGAAAAAAUGCUGCCGUCGAUAGGAUAGAUGCCGGUGGCGAAAGGGUAAUGACGGCUUGGGAAAGUCUCAUUUGGCAUUUGUGGGUACCGAAGGUACGCUCGGCGAUAAACAAUGAAUGGGAUCCUUUGAGCCCUAACGAUGCGGUCCACCUAGUCGAGUCUUGGGAACCGAUCCUUCCCCUGUUCGUAAAGGAUAACAUACUCGACCAGCUUGUAUUGCCAAAAGUCAAGGUAGCAAUAGAACAAUGGGAUCCCAAGCGGAACAAGCGCGAGCGCCGUUCGAAAUCUCUCGCGAGUAUAGUGUUCCCAUGGCUGCCACUACUGGGUGAGCGGGUCGACGAGGUUAUGGAUCUUGCCAAACGCCGCAUCCGCCAUGUCAUGCGCAGUUGGGCAGUCAAAGAUGGCGUUCCGGAAGAGUUGAGCCGCUGGCGAAAAGAUGUAUAUUCGUCAAAUGAAUGGGACAAGCUCAUAAUUCAGUUCGUUUUGCCCAAACUUGGGCUCUGCCUUCGAGAGGACUUCACGAUCAAUCCUCGCAAACAAGACAUGGUGCCCUUGCAAGAUUGGGUCCUCCCGUGGCACAGACUCAUUCGACAAUCAAUGUUCUCUCAUUUGCUCGAAGUGGAAUUCUUUCCCAAGUGGCUCGAUGUCCUAUACAUCUGGCUCAUACAGCCAUCAUACAAAGCCAAUGAGGUCGCUACAUGGUAUCAAUGGUGGAGUGAGCGCUUCCCUGAAGAGGUGCGCGACAUGCCCGGUGUCAAGCAAGGUUUUGAGAGCGGUCUCAACCUUAUGCAAGAAGCUAUGGACCUCGGUCCCGAUGCACCCGCAAAGCUCCACAAGCCCAAAUUUGAGCCUCGUUCGACUAAAAAGGUGCUCCAAACCUCAACGACCCCUAAGCUUCGCAAGCCCGAACCUCCUGGUAUUGUUGCCACCGACAUCACAUUCAGAUCCAUUGCAGAAGACUACGCCGCGCAACACGAUCUCAUAUUCCUACCCUUGGGUAGAUCACACGACAAGACCGGAAAACCGUUGUUCAAGGUGUGCAGAAACGUGGAUGGUAAAGGGGGUGUCACAGUGUAUAUUGGGGAGUAUGCGGUGUUUGCGAAAAUGGAUGAUGGAGAGUUCAGAGCGAUAUCGCUGGAGGAUAUGGUCAAAAAAGCAUCGGCGUAGCUGCUAGGUUGCAUCAAAUGUUCCACUGCAGAUAUGUAAAGAAAUGCUUCUAUAAGGACUCUUUUGAUCCACAUCACCGGAGACUCAUCUGAUGGUCUAUGUGUCUGCUUCCGGAAUAGUAACAAUGUUUGACCACGUACAGGAUUAUGAUAAAUUACAUGACUUUUUUUCUGUUUACAACAUGUUACUUUUAUCUGA